AUGACUGCCCGUCUCCCCAUCUCAGCGUUGCUCUUGGGCCUGGCCGCUUUCGUCUCCGGACUGAGCUUUAACAUCCCGACAUCCCCACCGUCGAAUUCCAGUGCGCAGCUUUCUGCAGCUCCAGUUGGUAUAUCACUGGAAUUCUUUGCCUUCCCCGAGUACAUUCAAGAUGUUCCAUCAACUUUAGCAUGUCUACAAAACAUGAAGGACUUGACAGGAACAUGGCCACCUAUGAGAAUUGGGGGCACAACUCAGGACCGUGCGACUUACAAUGCGUCAUCGGCGGAAGCUGUCACUUACACCGUGGCCAGCACCGCCGAUGCCCCCGAAUCCCUGACCUAUGGCCCUUCUUUUAUUUCCUUGGCGGCAACGUAUGCGGGAGAGGUUAUCAUUGGACUAAAUCGUCGUUUGGAUAACAUCUCCAACACCAUUUCUGCGGCGCUCUUUGCCAAGGGCCGGGUGGACAACCUAUACUCCAUUGAACUUGGAAACGAACCCAACUUUUAUGUUGCAAGUGAUCCCAUUGCCCAAGGAGAGCCCUGGACAGCUGCAGCGGACGAGGCCUCCCAGGUGACUUGGCAAGAGGCUGUCUGCGGGAAUUUAUCUACGUCAGACCUCAUCUCAGCAGGAGUCUACUUUGGCACUUCUCCGAUGAGUAUAGUUGGCCUUACCGCGAAAGAGGGUAGUGCAAAUGACUACGUCAAGGAUUAUUGCUCUCACAACUAUCCUCAGUCUUCUGGGACUUACAAUCUGGCUGCUCUCAUGGGCCAUAGCGAGAUUGCGACUCAGAUUGAGCCCUAUGCUGCCGAAAUUUCUGCUGCUGCUGCCAAGGGCAAGCCACACAUCUUUGGAGAAACCAAUUCUGCAACUGAUGGCGGCGGUGGUAUUAGCCCAACGUUUGGCGCAGGGCUCUGGAUUUUGGAUUAUGUGAUGCAGACUCUUCUCUUGGGGACAGAUGCCCUCUACUUCCAUCAGGGAACAAUUGGAAACUGCCAAUAUUGCUGGUGGGGCCGCUACGAUAUGGGCUCCCCUUAUUACGGUGCUUAUUUCGCCACCAUGGCGUUGGCCAAUGCCGACCAAAUUGCGCCUUUGGACAGCCAAGAUACUCCCUACGCUGCCUACGCCAUUUACAAGUCCGGGACUCCUGUUAGGGCUCUUCUCUAUAACUCAGACUAUUAUACCGCUACCAAUGGUACGCGAACCUCGCAGACAUACACUUUGUCAGGUCUGUAUUCUUCCAGCGUUACUGCUAAACGACUGACCGCCCUUUACGCCACAUCUCGGGUUGAUCAAGGUGAAAAUCCGACCGUUGCUGGACAGACAUUUGCCAAUGGAACUUGCGCUAUCGAGGGCACGGAGAGUGUGGAAACUGUGAUCGUGUCUGCUGGAAAGGCUACCUUCACCCUCGCGGCCUCUGAGGCUCUUUUGGUAUACAUUUAA